ACAGAGAGAGAGACCUCGAGAGAGAGACAGAGAGAGAUCGAGAGACGGGGAAGAACUGUGAAGUUGCAGAUCGAGAAGAGAAGAUAGAUGAGACGGAGAAGAUAAGAUUGGGGAAGAACUGUGAAGUUGCAGCGAAGAACAGAAUGUGUAAUGAAGAUAGGGAUUACUUUUUCACCAACAAAGAAGAUGAGGAAGGCCUUGUAUGCACCAACUACUGCAUCAAAGAAAUCUGCUGAUAUAUCACCAUUGUCAAAGGGAAAAGCAGCUGCUACUACACCAUCUUCUUCUUCAGCUGGUUCCCAGAAAAAGGGCAAGACAACUGCACAGUCCUCCUCUACUGCAGCUGAUGUUGGUGCUAAAAGGAAGGUGCCACAUCCAUCUACUUCUUCUACACCUUCUACUUCCUGUUUUAAUCAGACUUAUAAUGGUCCUGUUAAGAUUUCUAGCCAAACAAUCAACAUUACUGAACCAUCAUCAAAAAGGGUUAGAAAGCCUAAUUCUAAAUAUCAGUAAUGUCAGUUUUUGGGCUCCUUUUCAAUUAUGUUUUUUUAGCAUUUCUGGACCUAUGAAGUUUUAAUGACAGAUAUACUAGUAGCUAGUUUAUGUUUAAGAAUUUUAACUGUCUUUUGUUUAUGAAUCUAUAGUUUUAUUUAGUAAGUAUGGAUUCAGAACAUGGUUUUAUUUUUUAA